GGAAGGAGCCGAGGGAGGAGCGAGUCCUAUAAACGGCAAGAAGUUACAAAUUUCAACACAUUGUCGUCUUCGCCUCUCAACGCAGGAUUUGACAGAUUUCUUCUUUAAGGAAACAGAUCAUCAUCAGCCAUGGCCGUCGAAGGGGGAAUGAAAUGUGUCAAGGUCCUGCUUUUCCUUUUCAACUUCAUCUUCUGGCUAUGUGGCCUAGUAUUGAUCAUCGUGGGAGUCCUGGUUCAAAUAGGUCUUCACAACACCUUGGCCAUCCGUGACGCGUCGGCCUCAGGAGGUCCCAUUGUUAUCAUCGGGAUCGGCGUGGUGAUCUUCUUCAUCGCCUUCUUCGGCUGCUGCGGUGCCUGGAAAGAGAACUACUGCAUGGUCACCACAUUUGCCAUUCUUCUCUUCCUGCUCAUUGUUGUUGAGAUCGCAGCAGUGAUCGUUGGAUACAUGUUCAGAGAAAAACUGUCAAAUGUCGUCCAGGACAGUCUCACCGAGAUGAUUACUGGUUACAAGAACGGCACAGAUGACUUCAAAAAGACCGUGGAUAAACUCCAGGAGGAUAUGAAAUGCUGUGGCGGGAACAGUUCCACUGACUGGAGUAGCUUUGGAAAAGAUGGAAAGUCUGUGCCUGACUCAUGCUGUGUGACUCCCUCUGCCCACUGUGGAAAGGGGACCAUGAGAAACCCGAAAAAAGUGCACCAGAAGGGUUGUCAUGAUGCUUUGGUGGCUUUCCUGAGGAAAAACCUCCUGUGGGUGAUCGUUGCAGCUCUCGUCAUUGCGAGCCUGCAGGUGUUGGGCAUCGUGUUCUCCUGCCUGUUGAUGAGAGGCAUCCGCAGCGGCUACGAAGUCAUGUGAUCCAGCCCCACAGCUGAGGAAGAGUCAUCUGUUCAGGUCACGCUUAGUGGGAUCUUCUUUUGGAAACUUAUAUGUUCAUCCUAUAUUUCAGAUAUAAGUCACAGAAUAUAUUUUCUUGUAUAGGGAUUUUGGAUUGUAUUUUCAUAGGUUAACAAUAUCUCUGCUUUGUUACUGUAUGCAUUUAGGAAAUUAUAGAAAUGAUAAACUCCACCUUACUGUAUAUUUUUGUUGGUUAUGAGGAAUUCUAACACUUUUUGUUGUUCUGUUAAGAAGACUUAAGAUCUGUUUCGCUGUUUUCCAGUUGCUAUUAAAGACUCUUUAAAUUACA